AUGCUGGCGGAGUCACAGGGCUUGCCUGGGGAUCAUGUCGGACAGUCUACAGUGGGCUACCGAAUGCCGUUCGGUGGCGUCAGUGUCAUUACUCCUUUCAACUUCCCGCUUGAGAUCUGUGGCAUCCAGUCUCUUUCUGCUGUUUUCAUGGGCAACCAGUGCACGACGAAAGUCGAUUGGAAAGUUGCCAUCGUCAUGGAGCAGUUUCUUCGGAUGCUGCAUUCUGUUGGACUUCCCAAGUCUGAUAUCGAUUUCAUCUACUGCGACGGGCCUGUCUUCAAUGAAGUCCUUCUUCGUGGAGAUGCCAAGAUGACACUCUUCACCGGAUCCCAGCGGGUAGCUGACAAGCUGGCUGUGGAUCUCAAGGGCAAGGUCAAGUUGGAAGACGCAGGUUUCGACUGGAAGAUUCUGGGCCCAGAUGUGAUGGAUGUGGACUACGUGGCAUGGCAAGCGGAUCACGAUGCCUACGGCUUUGCGGGUCAGAAAUGCUCAGCUCAGUCCAUGCUCUUUAUGCAUGAGAACUGGACGAAGCCAGAUGUUGACAUCGUCGGUCGCCUAGCUCGGCUCGCCGGCCAGCGGAGCUUGAAGGAGCUGACGAACUGCCCGGUAUUGACCUGGCCCACAGAGAAGUUCUUGGCCCACAUGGACCGCGUCUUGGCCAUCCCGGGUGCGUCGUUGGCCUUCGGCGGCAAGGAGCUCGCCGACCACACCGUCCCGCCACAGUACGGCGCAGUUGAACCGACAGCUGUUCGGAUUCCGAUCGAGGCCUUGGAGGAUCCCCCCAGCUUCGAAGUGGCAACGGUGGAGCUUUUCGGCCCUUUCCAGGUGUUGGUGGAUUACAAGGAGGGCCAACAGUCCAAGGUUAUCGAGGCCAUCAAUCGCAUGCCCAAUCACCUUACUGCUGGGAUAGUCUCCAACAACCCUCGCUUCAUCAACGAGGUGCUGGCGAAUUCUAUCACCGGUACGACCUACGCCGGAGCCCGGGCCCGGACCACCGGGGCUCCCGUGCAGCAUUGGUUUGGGCCUUCGGGCGACGUGCGAGCUGGAG